UCUCCUUCUUUUUACCCAAAAAAAAAAAAAAAAAAAACCCUUCUCCUGCUACUUGUUUCUCUUCGACGCUCUCCGUCUCCGCUUGCCGCAAAAACCAGGAGCUCGCUCACUGACCAUGGCGGAGUACGACCUAACUCCGCGCAUCGCGCCCAACCUCGACCGGCAUCUGGUUUUUCCCCUCCUCGAGUUCCUGCAGGAGCGUCAGAUGUACCCAGAUGAGCAGAUCCUCAAGGCCAAGAUUGAGCUCCUUAACAAGACCAACAUGGUUGACUACGCCAUGGAUAUCCACAAGUCCCUCUAUCACACCGAAGAUGUUCCCCAAGAUAUGGUGGAUAGGAGGGUAGAGGUCGUGGCUCGCCUCAAGGCUCUGGAGGAAUCGGCAGCGCCCCUUGUUAAUUUCUUGCAGAAUGCCGCCGCGGUUCAGGAGUUGAGGGCUGACAAGCAGUACAAUCUCCAGAUGCUUAGUGACCGUUACCAGAUUGGUCCACAACAGAUCGAGGCGUUAUAUCAGUAUGCAAAAUUUCAGUUUGAAUGUGGUAACUACUCUGGUGCUGCUGAUUAUCUAUAUCAGUACAGGGCUUUGUGCACAAACAGUGACAGGAGUCUGAGUGCAUUGUGGGGAAAGCUGGCGGCUGAGAUAUUGAUGCAGAACUGGGAUAUUGCCCUUGAAGAGCUUAACCGCUUGAAAGAAAUCAUUGAUUCAAAGAGUUUCAGUUCACCUAUGAAUCAAGUGCAAAAUAGAAUAUGGUUGAUGCAUUGGAGUCUCUUCAUAUUUUUCAACCAUGAUAACGGGAGAACACAAAUCAUUGACUUGUUUAAUCAGGACAAGUAUCUGAAUGCCAUUCAAACCAAUGCUCCCCAUCUUGUGCGUUACUUAGCCACUGCAUUCAUUGUCAAUAAGAGGAGGAGACCUCAGUUCAAGGAUUUUAUAAAGGUUAUUCAACAGGAACAACAUUCUUAUAAAGAUCCCAUCACCGAGUUUUUGACAUGCGUUUAUGUUAAUUAUGACUUUGAUGGUGCGCAAAAGAAGAUGAGGGAGUGUGAAGAAGUAAUUUUGAAUGAUCCUUUCCUUGGAAAACGAGCAGAAGAAGGGAGUUUCUCUACCGUACCACUGAGGGAUGAGUUCCUUGAAAAUGCUCGUCUAUUUAUCUUCGAGACAUACUGUCGUAUACAUCAGCGCAUUGACAUGGGAGUGCUUGCGGAGAAAUUAAACUUAAAUUAUGAGGAGGCUGAGAGAUGGAUUGUGAAUCUAAUUCGGAGCUCAAAGCUUGAUGCCAAGAUUGACUCGGAGUCAGGAACUGUUAUCAUGGAACCUAACCAUCCGAAUGUGUAUGAGCAACUGAUAGACCACACAAAGGCAUUAUCGGGGCGUACUUACAAGUUGGUUGGUCAGAUUCUGGAACAUGCACAGGCACAGAUUGCUCGUUGAAUGUUGAUGGUGAAUUUUAUCUGAAAUUAUUAGUUUUCAUUUCCUUGAUAUCCAGAAAUUCUCCGAGAUUUUGUUGACCUGUAACUGAAGUCUGAGUGACUUGAAAAAUUUUGAAUUUUAGUAAUGAAGCUGUGCUCAGGACAUGUCGAGAUUUGUUGGAUCAAAAUGUAAUUUCAUUUCGAGCUUAUGCUCCCGUUUGAUCUUGUUUGCUAUUUUCCUUGUAAGGAUGGUUGUAGUUUAUUAAGAAAUUCGAUGCCCUUAUUCGA